AUGCUGACAAUGAAUUGUUCAGUGAAGAUGAGCGUGUACAACCCCGCUACGUUUUUUGGUAUUCAUGUGAGCUCAACACCAAUUAACCUUAUGUAUUCAGAGAUUGCAGUUGCAACUGGCCAGUUGAAGAAAUACUAUCAACCAAGAAAGAGCUACCGGAAUGUGACUGUGAACCUCCAAGGGAUCAAGGUUCCUUUAUAUGGGGCUGGGGCAAGCUUAGCAGUCUCUGAUAACAGUGGAGGAGUUCCGAUGAUGCUGAUGUUUGAAGUCCGGUCACGAGGGAAUGUGGUGGGGAAGUUGGUGAGAUCAAAGCACCAAAGGCACAUAUCUUGCUCCAUGGAAAUCAACUCUCAUAAUAGCAAACCCAUCAAGUUAAAAAUGAGUUCAUGCACCUACAAAUGA